UCUAUCCAGGGCGCGGCAUCCAUGUCCAAGUCCGAAUCGCAUCCACGCGAAGGGAUAUGUCAAUCCAAAGCACAGACAGUACUCGAACGUUCACUUCACAAAAAGUGAAAGUACAGAUCAGUGUACGUGAAGCUUGUUACGAUGAGGACGAGAUGCGUGUGUGGGUUGUUUGUGAUCCUGUUUCUGGUGUCGGCGUUUGUUUCUGUCGACGCUCGAUCGCACUAUCAUUAUGAUUUGCGGAGCCAAAGCUCCGAUGAAUCGUCGGAUCCGCUUGUUGCGUCGAAGUUGAAUGUUUAUGCGACACAGCAAUUCCCCGGAGAAUUGACGAAGUCCCAUUUUCCUGAAGGAUUUAUCUUCGGAUCAGCAGGAUCAGCAUAUCAGCUUGAAGGUGCUGCUUUUCAAGGAAAUAAAGGUAGAAGCAUUUGGGAUGAAUUUGUCACUCGAAAAGGAACAAUUAUUGAUAACUCCACGGGAAAUAUUGCUACUGAUCACUUUCAUCGUUAUCCGGAAGAUAUAUGGCUUAUGAAAGAUAUAGGAUUUGAUGCGUAUCAUCUUUCAAUUUCUUGGCCAAGAAUAUUUCCAGAUGGUGUUGGAGUUGUAAACAAAGAAGGAGUUGAAUUUUACCACAAAAUGUUUGAUGCUUUAUUAGAAGCAGAAAUUGAACCAUAUGUUACAAUUUACAAUUGGGACAUGCCUUUAUCACUUGAAGAAACUAUGGGUGGUUGGCUAAGCCCAAAUAUGGUGGAUAUAUAUGGCAAAUUUGCUCGAUUUUGCUUCAAAGAAUUUGGAGGCAAAGUGAAGAAAUGGCUUACAUUCAAUGAAAUCCAUAGCUUUGUACAAUUAGGCUAUCUAAGCGGCAUUUUUGCUCCGGGCCGUUGCUCACAACCAUAUGGCAAUUGCAUAAAAGGAGACUCUUCUGCGGAACCUUGGAUAGCAGCACAUAAUGCAUUAAAUGGACAUGCUCAUGUUGUUAAUAUUUACAAAAAAGAAUUUCAAAAACAUCAAAACGGAACUAUUGGAAUUAAAAAUGAUUGCAUGUGGUAUUUUCCUCUUACUAACUCCAAAGAAGAUAAAGAAGCAGCUCAACGAGGGCUUGAAUUCUAUCUUGGGUGGUUUAUGGAUCCUAUUAUAUUUGGAGACUAUCCACUUUCAAUGCGUAAUUAUUUAGGAGCUCGACUACCCAAAUUCACAAAAAAGCAAAAAACUUUGAUCAAAGGAUCAUAUGAUUGGAUUGGAUUUAAUCACUAUUCAACUCAAUAUGCUUAUCACACCAAUCAAACAAUUGAUAAUGAUAGUGGAGUAGGUUUUACACCUUAUUGCAAUGGAACAAUCAUCGGCCCAGAAGCUGCAUCACCAUGGUUGUGGAUUUAUCCAUCAGGCAUUCGCCACCUUCUAAAUUGGAUCCGCGAUCGUUACAACAAUCCUCCCAUCUACAUCACUGAAAAUGGCGUCGAUGAGUUCAAUACAGCGAAGACUUUGUCCAUUGCUCAACAAUUGAACGAUACCACUCGGAUCAACUACUACCAUGACUAUCUCCAAAAUGUUUUGUUGGCUAUCAAAGAUGGUUGCGACAUCCGGUCGUACUUUGCUUGGUCGCUUCUGGACAACUUUGAGUGGGCUACUGGGUACACCGUCCGUUUUGGGCUCUACUAUGUGGACUUCGACAAUGACCAAGCUAGGUAUCCCAAAGCUUCGGCGUUUUGGUUUCGUAAAGUUCUGAAGGGGGAUAAAUAGAUAACAAACUCAAGUUAUUGGAGUUUGUGUAAAACCUGCUUGAAAGGCUGUUGAGUUGCGGUCCGUUGGACUUCACGUACAAUGAUUAUUCUUGUAAGAAUUUUCAGUUGAAAUAAAGAAAAGUGUUCUCUUA